CACGGCUCCGAGGCGCACCUUUGAUUCUUACCAUCGUCUUGUCUUCCCAAUAUUGGGACAGAAAUCAGCUUUUGGAACUACAAAUAUAUUCUCCAUAGUUACCGCCAAUGGCACCCUAUGACGAUUGGAGCAAGGUAGACGACGAUGAGGAUGAAGAAUUGCAAGAUACCUCCUACUUUGAAUCCAAGAAAGAUGUUAUUCUCUUCUGUAUAGACUGUUCUCCAUCGAUGCACGCAUUGUAUGAAGAUUCCCGUUACGAAGGUGUCGUUCUGACAUCCCGUCUACAUGCCGCGCUUGAGGCAGCCAUGAACAUUCAGAAGAAGAAAGUUAUAAUUGGCCCGAACGAUUCCGUUGGGAUACUACUAUUUAACACAACGAGAAAGAAUGAGAACAACGGAAAUCAGGGCUCAGAAAUCAAGCAGAACACAUUUCUCUACCAGCCUAUUUCUCCCUUGAGCGCUCCUACGAUCCAAGAACUGGUUCACCUCCUUGACGCUUCGCAAGAUGACCCUGAACAACUGAACAAAGUGUUACCUCCUUUGAAUAACAAGAGAGUGCCAAUGGGAGAUGUGUUCACCAGUUGCAACUGGGUCUUACGAGAUGGAGCACCCAAGACUGCCACAAAACGUGUUUUUCUUAUCACUGACGAAGAUGACCCACAUUCCGGGCCCGGGAGUAAACAGCUCAUCACAUCAGCGAAAACCACUCUCAUUGACCUUACACAAGCCGGCGUGACGGUAGAACCGUUUUUCCUCAGUACCGCCGAAAAGCCGUUUAAUGUAUCGAAGUUCUACUCUUCUGUUCUUCUUUCCAGCAAUCUCACUGAUGAUGACGAAGAGAAUUCCACCACCCUUCUGGAAUCCAUCUCUGUGACACAUGUUGAUAAUCUCUUUUCCCAAAUGCGUUUUCAUGAAGUACCUAAGCGGGCUCUAUUCAGUAUUCCAUUCCAACUCGCUAACGGCUUCACAAUUGGUGUGAAAGGCUACGGUCUGGUGACAGAACAGAGGAAGGGAGCAUACAAAUAUUUCGCAGAUCUCGGAGACAGGAUGGAGGUAGCUAACGUGCGAACCUCUUAUAUCGAUGAGGAGCGCCAAGUUGAGGUGGACAAGACCAACAUAUUAUACGGCACGAGCGGUGGGACUGCCGGGGACGACGAUGACAACGAAGGUGAUCCCGGCGUCAGAGUUGUCCAAUCCGGUCAACGGCCCUUCUACACUCCGGAGGAAGUACGAUUGUUCCGUACGCUGGGGCUUGAGCCUAGCAUUAAGUUACUCGGUUUUAAAGAUCAAAGCGAGCUACUGUUUGAAGAUAACAUUAAACACUCGUUGUUUGUUUAUCCCGAUGAAACGUCCUCCUCGGGAAGCAAGCGAACAUUCAGCUCUCUGCUGAAGUCGAUGGUAAAGAAAAAGAAGGUGGCUAUUGUCCUGGCCUUAACGAGGAGGAAUUCUUCGCCUCUGUUCUGCGCCCUUCUGCCACAGGAAGAACAGGUCGACAAAAAGGGCUGGAUCGAACCUGCAGGGUUCCACCUCAUCCCCUUGCCCUUUGCCGAUGACAUCCGCGAGGCAAAUGUCCAGGAAGGCUUUCGUGCUAGCGAAAAACUGAAAGACGCAGCUCGUGCAUGGAUCGAUAAAUUACCCAUCAACACAAGGAGUUAUGUCCCGGAUUCAUAUCCUAAUCCAGCUUUGGAGUAUCACAAUGCACAGCUCCAAGCUAGCGCGUUUCAUGAGCAAUACGAUCCAGAAUCUUUUGAGGACCGAACUGAACCCCACGUAGACCUCAUCCACGAGCAUGCUGGAAAGCUGAUCGAGAAGUGGAAACAAGCUCUGGUAGAGGACAAAUCAGCUAAUAUUGUGGCCGUCCAAACUGCCGGUGUCAAGCGUAAGGCGGACACGUCAGUCGACGAAGCCGAGAUCCGGGGUAAGCACGAGUCGGGGUCACUGGCUAAGUUGCGUGUAGAUCAGCUCAAGGAUUUCUGUAAGGGUAAGAGUCUGCCUGUCUCAGGAAAGAAGGCUGAGCUGGUUGAUCGUGUUGCUGAGUGGUUGGACGAACAUAAUUAAUAUUAUUGUAUUUUUAAUCUUAAUUCGUAUCUAUCUCAUUGGGUAUAUAGGAUAGUCUCGUGAUUGGCGACCAUGAUA